AGAAGGAUGCGGACCUCCCUACUGAACUAUGGUGAAGAGUUUCUCAGCCCACUUGGUAUAGUCCAAGAAAUAUGGGAUGCGGUAACUUUUAAGUAUAAAUUUCGAAAUGCGUCCCAAGCCGUUUCAAUUGAGGACUCUGGGUCUAUUGUCCAAUCUACUAACGACGCUGAGUGCAUGAUAUCUG